AUGCGCGCGUCUCGCGACGACGCCUCGGACGACGCGUCGGACGACGCGGAGCUAUUGGCGUCGGCGCCCGAUUGGUUGCUCGCGUGGUUUCUGCGGGACAGGAAAUUGGACGCGGAUAAGGCGCGCGCUAAGACGCUGAAAUAUCUCGAAUGGCGACGCUCGGGGUACGGAGAGAGCGAACUGAAACUCUCGAGCGAAGUCGCGGAAGAAGCGGCGAGCGGCAAGGCUGUGCUGCUCGGCGAGCGCGACGCGCAGAAUCGGCCGGUGGUGUACGUCACGCUGACGAAGCACGACGUGGAGACGCGCGAACUCUCGCGAACGUGUCGAUUGUGCGUGAAACUCGUCGACGAAGCGCUGGAGCAGUUGCGCGGUGAGGGCGCGGGCGCGCCGGAGACGCUGAUGUGCGUGUUCGACCUGCGCGGGUUCACGAUGAAGAACGCCGACAUCGACUUCGUCAAGUUUUUCAUCAAGUGCAUCUUCGACUACUUUCCCAAGCGCAUCUCUCAGGUGCUGCUCAUCGAACCCCCGUGGGUGUUCACGCCGGUGUGGCAAAUCGUCAAGCCUUUGAUGGGCAAGUACGCCGCACUCGUGAAGCAGGUCAAGGCGAAGGACGCCAAGGCGUACUUUGACCCGGAAUCGACGCUCUUCGACGCGUGA